UACUGUUCACGGAGUUUUUCUGCGUCCCGCGCGGUGAAAGCUAGUUGUUCCGAGGACCGCGAUUUGAAACGCGAAAGCAAAGUGCUACGCUGACUACUUAUAAAACAUAGAGGGAGGGGGUAAGAGGGAUUUUCAUGGGAUCGCCAAUUCUAGCCUAUCUAGGAGGGUUGCUGUUGUAACGUUAUUCCCAACUGUCCGUCUGAGGGCGUUUGGGGCUCUUUUAUAUUUGGAUCACUGUGGUGCGGCGCUCUCUGAGUUCACUGGGGACACAAAGAGCGCCCACUGUAUAGAAGUGGGGGGAGGAGGAAAGCAGCAUUGCUAAGCAACGGGAAGCUCUGGCCUGGAACCCGCGUCGCCGAGGCGGUUCAGGAGCUGCGGGAGAAAAGGUGGCGGUGGCCCUCAGGGGGAGCGUUUUGCGGACUCAGAGCACUGAGAGAAAAUAUGAAAUCACAUAGAGUUAUUUAUUUCAGACAAAUGAAUAUAAAUGGAACCUAAUUUAUGGGCUUCCAGUGACCACCAUGAAGAUGUGGAAGAUUUGCUUGCUAACAUUGUAGCAAUAAGAAGUCACCUAAAGAAAACAGAAAGAACUUUAGAAGACUUGGGAGAACAGCUUUAUAGUAAUAAUUCACAUAAUUCUGACCUCAGCGUUCAUGACAGUGAGCUUGAAAUUUUAACACUGGAAGAUCUUGUGGAUCCUUCUGAAUUACAGAACAGUACUGUGAGCAAAAUGUCUUGGCAUAACAGUGAUUCUCCAAGGAAACCUAGGAACAAAUCACUAGCUUUUGAUAAGAGCAUGGAAGAGGAAAAUGAACUACUAAGGGACAAAUUGAAUGUAGUCCGGGAAAAUAAUGCUUCAUUAAUUUCCCAGAACCACAAACUAAUGAAUGAAAUUGAAACUAUGAAGUUUGAACUGAACCAGACAAGAGCACAAGUAUCUUUCCUGGAAUCUGCUUUGGGUACACAUUCAGUCAAUAUUCCAAUGUUAGAAGAACAGAUAGCAAGCUUGGAAGCAGACAUUCAAGCUCAGGAUAGUCUUCUAAAAGAUACAGAAGAUAAAUUAGAGAAAAGCCAGAAAAUGCUAAUGAAAAAAGAAUAUGAUUUGAACAAAUUAAAGGAGGAUUAUAAAAAAAUGAAGUGUGAUUUAAUUGGAUGGGCCAAACAAGGAAAAAGAACUGAACAGCAAAGAAAUGAAGCACUGUAUAAUGCUGAGGAGUUGACAAGAACAUUUAAACAAUACAAAGAGAAAAUAACUAAUAAACUGGAAAAGGUCCAAGUUGAAGAACAAAUUUUAGAAAAAAAGUUAAUGAACUGUGUAAAUGAAAAGGAGAAGUUGCUGACACAAUGUAAUGUCUAUAAAACUGAGUUUGAAAACAUGAAAGAUCAGUUGAGACAAUUAACUGAAGAGAACUGUAUUGGAACACAAAACCUUAAAAGCAUGGAAGCAAAAAUGUCUGAAAUAGAAUUUCUGCUCAAACAUUCUCAGCAAAAAAAUCAGAUGCUUGAAAAUAAACUUCAAGAACAAAAAGCACUUCUUGAAGAAAAAAAUGCCCUAAUAAAUGAAAAUGAAGAUUUAAAAGCACUAAUUGCACAACAAAAAGAUCACCUUAACUUGUAUUGUCAAGAAAUUCAAAGUUCAAAAAUUGAACUGAAAACUUUAGAAAAUGUUAUUUCCCAGUUGACCCAAAGCUCAUCAAAGAAGGAUAAUCGUUGUAAUGAAAUAUCCAGUAAUUGUUCUGAAACAGAUAGUCUCCUGAAAGAAGAGCUAAGACAAAAAAUUAACUUUCAAGAAGCAGGAAUUCAGAAACUUCAGGCAGAAUAUAUGGCCUGUAAGCUAGGUCAAGAUUUCUCUGAAGACGAUGAGGGACAAGAAUUGCACGGCCUAGAAACUGAACCAGUAAAACUCAGUGGAAAUCAGACAGGGACAAAAUGCCAACAAUUGGAACUUAUUAGUAAACAGUUUGAAAAAGAGAAGCAAAUGUUAAUUAGACAUUUAGAAGAGCUACGUAUUAAGCUGGAAAGAUCAGAAGAAGAGAGUGCUGCUUUAAAAAGCAACAUUGCCCAGAGAACUAAUCAGUUUCAAACAAUACAGGAAGAGCUAUUAGAGAAAGCUGCAAAAUCAUGUCACAUGGAACGAGAAAUAGCAAGAAAAUCCUCUCAGCUUUCCAUCCUUGAAAAACAGUUGGAAGAAAAAACUUUUGCUUAUGUAACUGCAGUUGCAAGAAAUACUGAAUUGGAACAGGAAUUAAUGGCAAUGAAGUCUCAGCUUCAAAGCAUGGAAAGAAACAUCAGUGAAGAACAAGAGCACUUCUCUGUAUUGUUAGAAAAAGCAAAGUUAAUUAACCAUGAGCAACAUAAGGAAAUGGAAAAACAAAUUGAUUUACUUCAGUCUCAACUAGAAACUAAAAACCAGCAAUUUCUGGAACAAGAGAAAACAGUGUCCGUUUUCCAGCAGGAUAUUUUAUAUAAACAGCAUCAGCUUGAAUCAUUGGAUCAACUACUAUUAGAAAGCAAAGAGGAAAUGGAAAAAGAAAAAAUAAAAAAAGAUGAAGCUUUAAGGAAAUUACAAGACCAACUUACUGAUCAAACAGUCAAGGUCAAACAAUUACAGACAGCAUUAGAAAUCUGUAAGCAAGAUAUAGCUUUAUAUUUAGAUCAUCUAGAAGAAAAUAAAGUGCUGUUUGAAAAGCAAUUGGAGAAGAAGUCUGAAGAGGUCCAGAGGUUGCAGAAAGAAAUAAAGCAUAAGAAUGACAAUCUUCAGUCAACUAGUGAACAAAAUCUUGUUCUACAGCAAAGUCUUCAGCAGCAGCAGCAAAUGUUACAUCAGGAAACGGUUAGGAAUAGUGAAUUAGAGGACAGCCAAAUGAAGCUCCAAAAGCAGGUAUCAAAACUAGAGCAAGAACUUCAAAAGCAGAAGGAUAUGUUGGAAGAAGAAUUGAGAAGAACAAAUGAAAGGCUUCAUUUAGCCAUUGAAGAAAACAAUGUGAAACGACAAAAAGUAGCAGAACUUACUGCUACAAUCAGGCAUAUUAAAAAAGAGAUGGAUCAGUGUAAAGAUGAGUUAAUAGACAUGGAGAAAGAACUAGUGCACUUAAAGCGAGAUGGUCAUACUAAAGCAAUGCAACUGAGCCAACUGGAAAUUACUUUACAGCAGAGGAUCUCAGAAUUUAAUAAAAAGACACACCAAGAUGAAGGCCAUGGUGAGCAGCAGAAAGUAUUUAUGGGCCCAUCUGGUAAUGACCAUGAUAUAUAGAAGAUUUUGACUUAGAAUGUAAGAAGAGUAAAUGAUAAAGAGCCUAAAUUAACAGAUGACAUGAAAGAGGGAAACAUACAUGAACAGAUGAGUGGAAAUUAUACAAGAGAAUACAGAAAAAGUGACUGAGCCAUUUAGGGACCCAGAAACGAAUGAGAAUGGUAAUAUUUGGUGGGGAUCUGCUUAGAAAUAUUUCAGAAAUGUGAUUUAAGCACAUGGCUAUUCAUAUGUAUCCAUUAAUAUAAAUCGUGAUUCAUUUGAUUCUUUAUGAUGAAAGCCUAAGCGUUUGUUAAGGAUACAAGGGUGAUCAGAGAUUCUAAAUGUGGGAUAGACCAUUUUGGAUAGCGCCAAGGGCGGAUCUUUUGAAAAAAAUGGACAUGGAAGUAAUGGGAAAAGAGGAAUAAAGGAGAAGGAAAGUAGAAUAAUUGCAGGAAGUAGGAGUCCUGUAUUAUAAGAUAAAGUAAUUUCUCCACAGAAUGAAUGGGAAGAAAAAAGGAUGUGAAGUUGCUUGGAACGGAGUGAAAAUAAUUGUGUUACAGAGUACCACAGAAGUAUAUAAGAAAUUACACUAACAGGAAGUGUGAAAAAGGAUUGUGUAUGAAGUGGUAAAGGCUGUGGAUGAGAAAAAUGCAUAUAAGAGUAUACAAAAAUUGAUGAAAACAGGAUACUGUCUAAUGUGUAUAGAAAGAAAAUGAUAGUUCCAAAGACUGUAGGUUAAGAGUGCAAUGAAUGUUUAAGAUUAAAAGAGUCAGAGAAGCACAGAGUAAUUUUAAUGAAAAAAAAGUUGCUUUGGAAGUAGGUGAAGAGAGCUAAACAGUGACUUUCUCACAGAAUGAAUUGAAUUACUGUAUAAAUAAAUGUGAUGAAAUGUUUUGAGAUGAAACUGAAGUGGUAAAAUGCUGGAAGUCUUAUUUUAGAGAUUGGUAUGGGAAUGAUAGGGAUACAGCAAAGAGUAGAACUGAAAUUAAUGCUAUAAAUUGUAGUAGGCCAAGGAAAAUGGUGAAUAGGAAGUCAUACAUGCUGUGAGAAUGUUGAAAAAUAUAAGGUUACAAGUGUAACUGGAGAAAUAUUAAAAUAUGAAUCCAGCUUGCUUGUGGAAUAGCCGUAAGACUAAACAUGUGUGAAGACUGCAUUUUUGCCUGCAUUGCCUGACCCUUUCCUGUUGCCAGUGUGAUUGCAUUGCUCUUGGUGUGUAGAAGAGCAAACAGUUUACUCUUGUAAUCUCUUUCUCUCCAAUCUCUCCUCUCUGCAAAGGGGGUGGGGAGAAAAAAAGCAAGUGAUUUCCAUAGGCAAUCUCUCUUUUGCCUGACCCUCCGCCCCCA